UUUAUGCACUCCAAGGUCAUCUACCUAAACUUAUCUACGAUGGAGUAUCCUGAUAUAAAUUGCAUUAAAGAAUAUCGAGUAACGUGGAACCACAGUGCUCGGUUAAUGACUAAGAUGAUGUGGAUCGGCUCCUCAACUGGGAAUUGGGAGAAUUAUGAUGUGGUUUACAAAGCAGAAGGCAAUCGUAGGCCAGCCCAAGCAUUCACAGCUGUCGACAGCAGUGGAUCUAUGAAAUUUACCAUUGCAUUUAACUACACGUCAGAGCACUGUGCGAUAAUUUCAAAAAAGCAGAACAACACAGGUGGAGAUUUUAACGAAGCCUGCGAACUAUGGGUAACGACAAGUUCUUCAAAAGUGGGAACGAAAAUCAAGAACCCUGCACAACAAACUUUAAGACGUUUUGUCAACGCCAAAACACGACAGUGUUUAACAUUGAUAACUGUGAAGACAGUGAGGGUAAACCUAUUUUAAUCGCAUGAACGGCGUCGCGAACUGUCAACAACCAGUACAAGGAAACCUUUGUUAAAGAAUCUUUGUAAUAAAUAUAAAUGCACCUCCUGC